AUGGGGACAGGUUGGGCAGAGAAGAUGGCUCGUAAGACAUACAAGGAAAGAGUAAAGUAGAUUAACUUUAUUCAAGGCUAUGAGUAUGUUGGAGAGAUAAUGCCAUUUGUGCAUUUUUAUAAGUUUCUUGCAAAGCGACAAACCACUCAAUUAAGCAAUAAGUUUGAUUAGUUGCAGCUAUACAUUCCUGACACAAUUGUGUAUAAUGAUGCUCAAGAACCUUAUUGGCUAUAUUCUACUUAUGAGGGAUAUGUGCAAAGAGCAACUAAAUUCGAUGAAAGAGAUGUUAUAAAGAAAUUAGGAAAUCCAUUAAGAAUAGAUGAAGUAGUAGCAGUUGUCAAAUCAUAAGACUACGAUGAGAAGACUGGAAAGCCUUAUGGGAACAAAAUAGAGUUACUAAGCACUAGAUACCUAACAGAAAAAGCAAUAUCCUUAAACGGGCAAUAGUCCAAUGACGUAACAGUGAUAUAAAAAUUUGUAAGAAGCAAAGGACCUUACGCUUUUAUUUGUCGUGCUGUUUGGCGAAGGCAUAAACCAGCUUACACUUGGGUUAUAACAAAUAAGGUUAGAUUCAAAGAUUAAGAAUAAUGUCCACAAUUCUAAGAUAGAUAUGUGACUAAGGUCAAUAAUACCCUUCAUUGCUCAUUCGUCAAAGCCAAGGGAGAUAAAAAUUAUGAUCAAAUUGUUUAAAACGCCUAAAAAAUAGCAAUGUUUGUAGAAAGAAAUACUAAUUUAAAAAUGAGUGAACUUGCUGCUGAUUUUAUUAAAGAUCCAGCAGGCAUUUGGUGGCUUGUUGGUAUUAAGGCAUUUAAACUGGAAGAAUCUUACGCAAAGCCUGUAUUCAAAGCAUUUAUGCCUUCUCAUGAUCUAAUGCCCAGUGAUGAUGAAGAGUAGGUAGAGAAUAAGAACAGGAAGUUACAAGAGAAAGCCACAGAAUAUGUUAAGUUGAGAAUAUGCAGGUUCUGCUAAAUAGGUUAUCCUGUGGAGGAAUUAAACUAUAAUCUAACGUUGAAAAUGAUACUGAAGACUGAGAGACUUUUAAUGAAUCUUGGUUAUUUUUAUGAAUGGUUGAACCAUGGCGACGAGUCAAUGUAUGAGGACAUAUCUCUUUACAAGCCAUUCUCAGCUUGCGUAAACUGCUAUGCUAUUUUCAAAGAAGUUGAUGAACUUUAACAAGUGUAAAUCUAGCUCUCAAGAGCACUUGGAAUUCCAGUAAGAGUUGAUAAAGAGAAUAAUGUCAUUUUCAGUGAUGCCUCCAAGAAACAAGCAUCAUCAGGUGAUUUGCUGGUUGCAAUGUUCAAGCAAUAAAAUGAAAGUAAAAAUAUAGUGGAAAAAACCAAGAGUUCUAUUGCUUAGAAGCUUUCAAAUACUCUCUUAAGUGGGAUGUCUAAUCCUGCUUCUCAUAGAAAGCUCAGUGUGACUGCCUCUGAAAAUGACGAUUAAGAAGCAAAAGCAUUACCCACGAAGCAGCUGAAUAGAUUUAAGAUUUUCCUUAUCUUCUAUGACCUGCAUCAAAUACCUCCUGAGUUUUAUGAUAAGUACCCUUAUCUUUAUUUGGAAUAUGAGCUAAUGAGAUAUAAAGGCAAAAUAAAGAUUAAGCCUAAUAAUUAUGAUAGAUAAAAUGAAUAGGUUGGAAUUAAUAAAAAAAUCAAGAUUAAACUCUCUGGUGGAAAAAAUGAUAUCAAAGAAUUAGGAACCGCUUCUUUCUCUCUUAAAGAUUUUAAAAAUGAGCUAGUUACUAGAAAGGGUUUUAAUGUACCGCUUCUAGGAUAAGAUGUAUUUAUUAAAGCUAUUGCUUGCAUUGAUAUGACUCCUCAUUAAGUAAAUGUAACAAGAAUCAAACUAGAAUACUAUAAUGGAAUAUAUGUACCAAAUGAGGACUACUUUGCAUCAGAUUUUCUACUAGAUGAAUGGAUGCCCUUAAUUCCUAAGAAUGAUAAUCCAGGAAGGUAAUCAACUCUAGAUUCUCCAAGAAAUAGUCCGAGAAAUAUGAGAUCCUUAUCCUCAGAUAAUUUGGUUUUCAACAGACUCUCAAUCGUAAAGAGAGAUUUUUCUAUUAGAGAUGAAUAGUAGUCUCCCCUUCCAAGACACUCCUAAAGCUAAUCUGUAUCGAUGAUGUAAACUCCCUAGCAAACCUCAAAUUUGAGAGAGAGAUUUCACAUAAAGCCUUUUUUUAAUAUAAAAGAGAAUGAUAGUAAUAUUGUGAGAAAAAUUUAAAGGCCUUUAACAUCUAAACCCAGAAUAGACAGCGAGAGAUAAAGUAUUUAGUAAAGCUAAAAUAUUCAUGCUAGAUCCUUAUCUUCAAACUAGAAGGCUGACUAAUAAUAUAGUCAGAAUAGAUUAACUUAAGUAAUGAAAUGGAAGAAAUAGGAAGUAGACUCAAUUAUAGAUAACUAAAAAUAAAUUAAAAAGCUUAAAAAGAGCUCAACUGUAGUUAACCUAAAGCAAAUUUAAAAGUAAAAGAGAUAGAUAAUCGAUUAAGUUCGUCUUUAAAACUAAUUUUCUGAGAAUGAGACUCUCCCGCCAAUCGAAACUAGAGCAGGCCUCUAAAAUGAUUUUAGUGUACAAAAUCAACAAUUAUAUAUGACUAAGUAAUAUGAUGGAAUGAGUCGGGGUAGCUUAAUGACUGGAGAUACAUAGAUCUAAACUCAUAGAUAUCCCAAGAUUUAAUCUGAGAGACAUUCUGUAUCAUCUUAACAGACAAAUAUCUAAACCUAUUAAAUAAACAUUGUUAUCGAUAAUGCAUACAUGGGAGAUUAAAACUUUUAAUCAAAUGACUGGCAAGUUUACUAUAAACUAUUCAAUUCUUUGAUAUUCUAAAAACUCAUGAAAUCCUAGAAGUAGGGUACCUCUCAGAUAAAUUUCGGUGGAGCUACUAAGGAGAUAUUACUAGAUGGCAAUCUUUAGCAAAUAGAAACUCUUAUUCGUGAAAACCAUUACUUGCUAUUGAUACUGCAAAAUUAGCAUGAAAAAGGAACUACGUUUGAUUGCAAGAUUGAUUUAAGAGGACUUUUAGUAAGAGACUUAGGGUUUGAUAAUGAAUUCGGAAGUAAAAUUGAUGGAGUAUAUGAGUUGACCAAGAAGACAAGAAGUGUCAACUUAAAUAAAGAUCUUAAUGAAGUAAAUGAGAGUCAGGAUUAGGUUUAAUUCUUGAAAGCCAAAGUUAUUUUGAAAUAAUCUAGAACUAAUAUACACGAUUUUAGUCGCAUGAGUGAUAAAACAAGACUUGAAAUCAGACAAAUAAAUUCAAGUUAGUAGUAGAAUUCUAAGAUCAAUAUCGUGUCAACAAAAUGA